GCUGGCCCUUGAGAAGGUUACAUGGUAGCGCGGCGGCGGCGCCGCUUCAUCUCGUCCCGGCCUGAAAUGGGAAGCGCUGCAGCAGCGGAGCGCUCUGCCUGCACCCACCUCACACCCCGCUCGCAUUCAUGCCUGCACCGUCUGUGCUCGCUCCCGUCCGCUCACGCUGAACUAACCAGCACCGCUCUAAGGCUUUUUUAUACGGUUUAAAGUUGCAUGCCGUUAUUCAGACACUUUUCUUUUUAAAACAAGAUUUCAACACAGAAAACAGAACACCGGAGUGACAAAGUAGAAGUGAAGGAGGGGGAAACACCUCUGAAGAGCACCCUACAGGUAGACGAUUUUAAACUGAUACUAAGAGGAUGGGAAAACAGAACAGUAAACUUCGUCCAGAGGUGCUGCAAGACCUGCGAGAAAAUACAGAAUUCACAGAUCAUGAGCUCCAGGAGUGGUACAAAGGCUUCCUUAAAGAUUGCCCGAGUGGUCAUUUAACUGUAGAAGAGUUCAAGAAAAUAUAUGCAAACUUUUUUCCAUAUGGAGAUGCUUCGAAGUUUGCAGAGCACGUGUUCCGUACCUUCGAUACAAAUGCCGAUGGAACAAUUGACUUUAGAGAAUUUAUAAUAGCACUUAGUGUUACAUCUCGGGGAAAGCUCGAACAGAAAUUGAAGUGGGCAUUUAGUAUGUAUGACCUGGAUGGGAAUGGGUACAUUAGCCGAGGUGAAAUGCUGGAGAUUGUGCAGGCAAUUUAUAAAAUGGUGUCUUCUGUGAUGAAGAUGCCUGAAGAUGAAUCGACGCCAGAAAAACGAACAGACAAGAUCUUCAGACAGAUGGACACAAACAAUGAUGGUAAGCUCUCCCUUGAAGAAUUUAUUAAAGGUGCCAAGAGCGAUCCUUCCAUUGUUCGGCUACUACAGUGUGAUCCCAGCAGUGCAAGCCAGUUCUGAUCUGAGGGGAAAAAAAUGUCUGGACAGUAAUGGAGGACCACUGGCUUGUCAUUCAAGCUUAGCUUGCAGCAGAUGCCUGCCACUCAUUCCUCAUGGUCUGGUGGCCAGAGUUUACUGUACCAUGCAUUACAGUGGCUGGCUUUCUG